GGAACCUCAUUCGAGGACGAUGAAGAGCGCGUGUGCGCGACGUCAGAGCUUGCAACGUGCUAGCGGAUGCAACCAGUGUCAUGCAGUCGUUGCACCGAGUGCACGUGGAGAACACUGUCCGUGCGAAGGAAAAGCACGAAAGUCGAGCGAAACCAGACUCGACAGAUCGAUUCGAGGUUAUUGCGGGCAGAUCAAAUAUUUUCGAUUCGAUAUGAGAUACCUGCGAAUCGGCGUCAUUGGAGCGUCUCUGAUCGGCUCUGUAUGCUUGCUCUCAGGGCUCAUGUAUUACUUUAACCAAGACACCUGCCCAGUGGGAACAUUCCUUUGUUACAACACCACCAUUUGUUUACCCCAAAGGAAUUGGUGCAAUCAGGAAGUGGAAUGUCCUUACGGCGACGACGAACAAAACUGCUUUGAUUUUCAUGGAGUAUUGGACUGGUUUGGCAGCGACAGAGAAUCUGUAAGGGAAGCUGUAAGGGAUUUCGUUUGCGACACUACCGAUAUCCCUCCCCGAUGUAAAUACGUGAUGUGUCGUGUAACCUGCCAAGGAUACUUCUCGAUACCUCAAAACUUGUCAUCUCAAACCACAUCCAUAACUCUAUACGACAGUUCGAUUAGACGUGUGCCAAAGGACGCGUUUGCGCAAUACUCAGAAAUACGUUUACUGUAUCUCGAUGGCAGCGAUAUCAGCGAGAUAGAGAUAGGCGCCUUUGCAAAUUUAACAAAAUUAUUUUGGCUAGCGUUAGAUAAUAAUAAGAUCAGUGAACUACUACCUGGACAUUUCACCGAUCUAAUUAACUUGGAUUCCCUGAGGGCAAAUAAGAACAGAAUCAACAUAGCAGACUUUUCAGACUUGGAGGGAAGCAACGCUUUACAUUUCAUAGACUUGAGCGAGAAUCAGCUGACAUCAGUGUCUCUGAAGCUGCCAUACUUGCCAGCACUAGAUGAAAUAUUGCUGAAUCAGAACAAUUUCGAGACCAUACCCGACACGUUGUUCGAGGGAUGCCCAGCGUUAAGAUCACUGAGCAUGCAGAAGAACGUGAUAAGAACGAUCGCGGAAGACACGUUUCGAAACUUGAAGCAGCUCGAGGAACUUAAUUUGGCGUUCAACGAGAUAACGACUGUCCCGCUCAAUGUAUUCCGGCCUUUGAAAAAUCUCACGAGGCUAGAAUUGGGCUACAAUCGUAUUCACAACCUACCAAUGCCAGUACUGAGUCCACUAACAAAACUUCGUUCCCUCGCGAAAUUGGUUACACUGACUCUUUGCAUGCUUAUCGUCGAUGGAAAUUGUAGUGACUUGGAAGACAUCAAUUUGGACACGCUGAAGAUGAACGCGUUCGACAUGUUCCGGCACCUGGACUUUGUAUACUUCAAGAAAUUUCACUAUUGCGCGACUUAUGCGCCCAACGCGCAAAGAUGUCGGCCAGCCAGUGACGGAGUCUCAUCGUUGUCCCACUUACUCGACAAGCCUUUGCUACGUGCAGCAGUGUGGGUGAUAUCGUGUGUUACCUGCAUGGGCAACGUCCUUGUUCUAUGGGGGAGAUUCACGGCCAAGGAUGAGAAUCGUGUACUAACUAUCAUCAUUAGAAACCUGGCUGUCUCCGACACGUUGAUGGGAAUAUAUCUGUUCGUAAUCGCUGUGGCGGACAUGAUAUUCCGCGAUAAUUACAAUCGAGUUGCCAGUUCCUGGAUGUCAUCCUGGGGAUGCACCAUUUUGGGAGUUUUGGCAAUGACAUCGUUGGAGGUUUCAGUGCUGAUCCUGUCUUUCAUGUCGGUGGAACGAUAUAUGCUAAUCGCGGCACCACUGAAAGGUCACCGCACCAUGACACCGCAAACGGCGUCCGCGUCAAUGAUCGUCAUUUGGAUCAUCGGAAUUACCCUCGCUCUCGUGCCAGUCAUUCACUGGCGAAGCAGCACGAGAUUUUACGGCGUGAACGGAAUGUGUUUCCCCUUGCACAUCGACGAUCCGUAUUUAAUUGGAUGGCAGUACUCGGUCUUCAUUUUCUUGGGAUUGAAUCUCUUAGGAUUGAUAACGAUUGGCUACGUUUAUGUGGGGAUGUUUGCGAGCAUCUGGAAAACAAGACACGCCUGUUCUCUGUCCGUCGGCGAUUCUGAAUUCGCCUUGAGGUUUUUCUUCAUUGUCCUGACGGACGCCGCUUGCUGGGCACCGAUCAUCAUCCUCAAAAUUAGAGCCCUGAUGAACUAUCCUAUCCCAGCUGAUGUUCAUGCGUGGGUGGUAGUGUUCAUUCUUCCCGUGAACAGUGCAGUUAACCCAUUGCUGUAUACUUUCACCACUCCAAAAUUUCGAGAAAGGCUGAGCGAGGGGUGGUUUGGAAAGGUGCGUAACCUCGUGACACGAAAAAGCUCCGCUGAAGUUCUGUCUUACAGAUUCUCAACUGUCUACAACGAUGAGCAACAAGAACAUAAUGUUAGCUCUGUCGAGUGGCACUAACUGCAAUAACAAAAUACCUAUGUUCACGAGUAACGCGAAAACUAAAUCUGAAAAGCGCGAUCAUAUUUUCUAAGUUCCACGUCACGUACUAGUUAGUACCUCUUCCUUCAUGUGCUCCCUUUAACAUAACAAAAGUCAGUAUACUUAGAUUUAAUAAUAUCGAGCUAGUCAUUAGUGAGAAAAAGCGUUUAGAAUAAAUUAAAUAUUGAAUGCUUGCUGUAGUAACGCGGCAAAAUAAAUAAGCAUAUUCUUUAAGGAAUAGGUGCCAAAGAAAUAUGUAAAUUUUUAAUAUGAAAGUUUGUAGUUCCUUGGAUCCCUGUAGCUACUUUGUUACCGUUCCUAGUUGAUUCUUAUUCACUGUCCCAAACAGAUGAGAAAUUUCAUUAAUUAUCAAUGGUUGAACACUUUUCUGUUUUGCGAUGUUUGUCAAAGUAAAACGCAUCUGGCAACAGAAUAAUAAUCAUAGCAGCAAUAAUUUCAAUGCGUCGCGUUUAACAGUUUAAUGGAUUUGACGCUACCAGUUAUUGGGUGCAAUUUCGCGCCGUAGCUUUCGCAAAGAUUACUGGCGACUUUACGACGCGUGUUCUCGAUGGAAAAGUUUCCGAGCGGUCCGAAGACACGCCAGUUAUAUACUCCUACGUACAAGUCGUUCUCUAAACCGUACAUAAAUUACUCCUAACGAAGACUAGGAAUGCAUUCGAAAAAUUUAUUGCAUCCAUUCUGAUCUAUCGUGUUCCACGACGCUGCACCGUUAUCAGGGAUCCCUUUAGGUCAGCUUUGCUUGUACGGUUUUAUUAUUAUACGACGAGAAACAACCUAUUCGCGUUUUGACAAUACGCCCUGCUUACUUUCAUACUGGUACAACGUGAAUAAGUUUACCAUUGUAGAUCGCCUAAUUAAGUCGAAGGCUGACGUGUCGACGGGGCUUCGAAUGGAAGAAUUCGUUACAGAUAUCUUCCUAGAUCAUUUUUUGUUCAUUUAGGAUAUUAUGCGACAUUCGUAUUUUCGUAAUAAGGAACUGAUGUGGGACACACGCUAAUUGUAAAAAGUAAUCAAGCUGCUGUAUUUGUACACAUUUAUAUAAAACUGUAUUUAUAUAUGUUUAAAU